AUAAACCCGGGCAGCGGGCUGGGGAGCUGCUAAGCACAACCGCACUUCGGCUCGCUCGGCAGCCCCGCCGCUGAACCCCGGCGCACCGAAGCGUCACAGCGAUCUGCCCAUGGGCUCCCGCCUGCUGCUGGCACUGCUGCUGCUCCAGGCAGUUUGGAAAGGUGCUCUGGGAAAAUCCCAUUCACUGCAUACCCGAGGAAUCAUUGAAUUGGCAGGAGCUAUAUCAUGUGGCACAGGACGGUCUCCCUUGGCAUAUAUUGGCUACGGAUGCUACUGUGGACUGGGAGGACGUGGCUGGCCUAAAGAUAAAACAGACUGGUGCUGCCACAGGCACGACUGCUGCUAUGACAAGGCAGAGAAGGAAGGCUGCAGCCCCAAGGUGCAGGGCUACCAGUGGGCAUGUGAGCAGAACACCGUGCAGUGCAAUAACCUGACAGACCGCUGUGAAAAAAUGGUGUGCCUGUGUGACCAAGAGGCAGCCAAGUGCUGGGGAACAGCCUCAUACAACCCACACUUCAUCCUCUGGCCAGACUUUUUAUGUGGACGGACUCAUCCCACCUGCCAUUUCGGAUAUCGGGGGCCCGAGUAGGUUUUUUUUAGGACCUUUCUUAUAACCCUUUGAAUCUGAAGGCGCUGGAAUAAAUUUUUACCUUUUUUUACCA